AUUGAAAUCAAACGAUUAAAUUUACAUUUUUUGACCCAUCAAACUUAUCCGCCGCCGCCAUGUCGUUCAACAUAGAAAACGAGUCAGUAGUCUGUCAGUUAUAUCACAGAACCAAGCAUAACAACAGUGUGAACGUCGUGUGCGAGCUGUCGGAAAAAAUCGGGUCGCCACAAUUGGAAAAUGGAGAAUGGGUGGUUCCGAAUGAUGUCACUGGAUUGAAUGCCAAAAAGUCCAAGGUCGUCAAAAUUCGCUUCCACCCAUCUGUCUCCAAACUGUCAUCGGAAGGUUCGGCUCUCCAUCAGGCCGCAUGCGAGAGUGCUCUCAAGUACCUCGAUCUUCUCCUCGAUGACAGUGAUUGGACAAGAAAAACCAACCACGACGAUGAUUUGUUCGGAAAACAAAUCGAUAAAAUCAUCGAAUAUCUCAGUGAGAUGGAUAAAAUCAUCGAGAUUGAUACAUCGAAAAUCGGUCUCACGUUGCUCCACGAUGAAUUUUUCGACGAGUUCGUCAAGCUGAUCUCAUGUAAAUCGAUUUCUUCUCACCUUCACACCAUCAUCUCAGACGACGACGAUGCCCAUCAAUCGGCGCAGAUUGUGUUUGAAAAAGACGGGCGGUCCCGCCAAAUAAUCAGUAUCGACGUUGACGCGGGUUACCUGAAAUCAUCGGAAUCGGGUCAAGAGUGUGUUUUUGACGUUUCGAAAACAUGCUUCACCUGGGUGUUGCCACGUCAUGAGGACGAUUUUGAAAACUCGCCGCCGACAGUUUCGCAUAAGCUCGACUGUUAUAUGUGGAUCGACGAAGAGAAACAGGAGAUGCCUGUGUACUCUCCGUGUGCUUCUGUCUUCCAUCACCUCGACAAACUCACCGCUUCUCUCUCUGCGUGUGGCUCACCAACAUUCAACGGAGUCCUCCAAAGAGUUCCACAAGUUCUUGCCGUUGAUGCAAUCAUAGGUCUCGAUAAGUCCGAAGCUCCACAUCUUCACAAGUUCAUUCAAAACAUCACCCAAGCUCCAUUGAUGGUUCACACGGAUUUUGACAAUGAGUCACUCGAUUGCUAUUCAGAUUCUGAAUGUAAAUUGACAAUAUCUCCAACCGAUUCUAUUGAUUCGGGUGUCUCAUUGACAUCUCCAACACGUCAAGGAUCUUUCGACGAGGAUGAUGGAGAUGAUGAAUUGACAGCGACAUCACCUGGAAUGCGAACUCGCUCGAGAAGUGAAAGCUGUUCAUCGUUGAAAGGGAUUUUGAAGUGGCCACGUCGUCCGAACACUAUGAGUAGACUCGCCGCCAAACCAUACCUCAUUCGAUCUUAUUCGGAAUGUCAUCACGACGAAUCAUCAUUCCCUCCAUUGAUCCCUCUCCGAUUUUCUGAGGAUGAUGAGGAUGCUUUCCAUGUAUUUACAGAGACCGAUGACUCGUCAUCAGAUUGCUGUGUUCUUCCUGCUGCUCCACGAAAGAAGAGUGUUUCGUUUAGUGAACGCAUCGAGCAGACUCGUCUUUUCAACAGUAACACCAGUAUCAAUGCACAAAAACGAAAAAAUUUGAAAAAGAACGAGAAGAAGAAGAAGCGAGAAAACUCGCUGGCGAGCAGUAUUGAAAGUAUUCAUGAAGAGACCGGCCGCAUCAGCCCAGCAGCCCGUCAUCAAACUGUUUAGACAGUUCUGUAAAAAUGUACAAAUUCGAUUCGAUUUUUCCUGCUGAACAAAUCGUAGCUUCAUACUUUUCCAUCAUCUUAUCUCUUUUUUAUUCAUGAGUGUAGCAUGUUUCUUCUAAACUCCCCCGUCUGUAAGCCCCUCUACAUUUAGAGAAAGUUGUAUUUAUUUAAAUAUGUCUAGCUCUUCCAGCAUUCGUUUCGUCGUUUUCUUUGUUGAUCUGUUAUAGUUUUCUUCUUGCUCUGACACACUUUAUUUAUCCGCUUUUUUUCUUUUCUCUGUCAAACUUUUGUAAUAUAUUUCUUGGGAUCCUUCUCACUUCCUCCUCUCUAUCUCCACAGCUGGUUUUGUUUCGAUCACUGAAAAAGUACAAACGAUUCCUUCUGAACUUUUCCAAUCAUCUACCCAUUUUCUUCUAUUUUAUCCUCGAAGUUCACCAGCCUUGUUCCCAUUUUCUAAAUUUCGGUGUUUACACUUUUUCCCUUUUUUUUCAUUUUUCUUCAUCUAAUCUUUGUAUCCUCAGUUUCGUGUUGGACUUAUAUUAAUCCAUAGGUAAAAAUGCGAGAAAAUCAUGUGCUCUCAUUAUUGCCCUCCCUUUUUUAAGAUUCUGACAAAUAAAUAGAAAAUAGUUCUCGUAAA